GGUACUUCCAACAUCAAUAGCAGCCGAGGAAAUCCCCAGGAAGCUGGUCAUCAGUUCCGGGCAGAGCACUUUCCUCUUUGCUCGCUCUUCACGCCGUCAUGAGCAAUUUUCAAUACAUCCUCUCCGCUGCACAGCUCACGAAGCACUAUGAGGUACUCCAGUUCCUCGCCCAGCACCCCAACCAGGAGUACACCCUGGCCCAGCUGGAUACGCUACUGCCCCACGGCGUCGCCGUGCAGCGCUUUCCAGAGGAGUGGUUUCACCUUGUCGAGGAAGGCGCGUGUUGGCACCGCAGCAUUGAACUGCUCCGCCCGGCUGCCAGCAGUGGCAGUGGUGACGGUGACGGCCCCACCGGCUCCCCCUUGCCAGAAGACAGCGCGGUGGACGCGUCGGACCAGCAGCGUAGUCGCGCGUUGUCUGUGCUGGAGGCGUCGGCCGCCGCGGCCCACUCCACCGCCGCGCGCCGGGCACAGUACGUGCUGUUCUGCGCCAAGGCGGAAAUCCACACCCUCGACGAGCUGCGCGCGCGAUUGGAGUCGCCGUCGACGCUGUUGGACGCCGAGGGCUGCGUGGCGCUGCACACGGAUCAAAUCAUCAUCGCACCCGAACUCCUUCGCCGUGCGCAGCGGACAGGGCUAGUGUACUUUUUCCCUGACGUGUACGACAAGAACGAGUUUCGCCAGUUCGGUGUAAAGGACACUGCUGCAUCGUCGUCGCCGACGGCCAGGGAUGCCGUGGGCGGUAAUGGCGGUGGUGCUCGUGCCAACGCUGGGCAGGCCACCUCCGCCCUGCUGGCCGCGUUUACCGGCGAGGAGGAGAGUGGCAAGCGGAAACUGACCAACAGCAGUGGCAGCGGCAGCGGCAGUCGUGACCGCACGUACAUCGCCCUCCCACCCGGCAUACGUGUGCAGCACCAGCUGCUCACCCGCCGCGGCGUCACGGAGCAGGAGGAGUACUGCCUUCCCACGAAGCUGCUCGUCGGGGAGCGACUUCGCCUUCUUUUUGACAACCUCGUCGCCGUGAAGAAACUGCAUUUGAAGAAUGAACUGCAGGUACAGCUCUCUAUGGCGGGGGUGAAGGUCAGCAAGGGUGAGGGGGUCGCCGUGGGGGCCGCCGCGGCAACCCGGCCAGACGCGCUGUCCGCCGAGCCGCCCCCGCCGCUGCGGAUCCGGAAGGAGACACAAGCCGUGCGACACGCCGCCAUCGCCUCUCCUCCUCCCCCUCCCAUGGCACCCCCGCCGCCGCUGCUCGUCAGCACGACCACGAAGGUGGAAAUGGAGGCGCUGUACGCCUGCACCCUCACGCUACUCCUCACCGUAAAUGGCGUGGAGAACGUGCUGGCGGUCGAGGUGGUGGCCGAGACGGCGACGAUGCCGGGCGUGUUGAUCCUGCGUGAUCGGCAGCUCGACAGCUUUGCUCUGCCGCGGAAGGACACGCUGAUGGACCCGAUGGUGAACCCGCCGAUGGAAUUCCACUACCCCUUUGAAUCCGUCGUGCAAGCGCUUUCGUCAUCGACCGCGUCCGCAGUCGGGGCGGAGGCGUCGGCCGUGGAGAACAGCUCGUGGUCGGAGCUCGUGCCACUGCCCUGGACGCAGAACCCGUCGCCCGUUGUGCUCAGCUUACGCGAGGGCAGCUAUCCGACGCAGCACUCAACGGUGCAGGCGGCGACGCGUGCCGUCUUCUCUGCACAGUCGUUAGCGGAUGAGGCACGGCUGCGGCAGACGAAAGAUCGCCUAAGGCGUGAGGCGGAGCGCCGCGAGGGUGCCGGGGCUGGUAGGAAACGAAGGCGCAUGCGAUACCGGGACAACAUGAUUCUCAGCAACCGUCACUUGCUGCACUUUGGCUUCGACUUUUCGAUCCCCUUUGCUCGUCAGCCAGAUUGA